GCCACCUCAUCCCAUGACCCGGCCCAGGGUGGCUCUGGGCAGGCUGAUCUCCCAGCAACUCCUGCUCAGCGAGGCUGCGCUCAGCCCUGCCUGGCCGGGCUGGGACCUCGGGGGAGCCCCACUGACGGGGAUGGGGCCAGAGUCGUGGGGCUCCGGGCUCUGCCAGGCAGGCACGACCUGUGCCAGCCGCCCCCGCCGCGCACAGGGCAGCCCCGGGGGUAUGGGGAGAAGGGGUAGCAAAGGCUGGUGCCCCCAGCCCUGUGGUGGGCCUGGAUUUGGGGUGGGGGGCAUGCAGGCACUUUUGGGGUGCUGACCCCUGGGUGGCCCCCCCCGGCCCAAAUAAUUGCCUGUCCCUGCUCUAGACGGACUCAUCCAGUUUUGGAACUUUGGGCCCUGCCCUUCCUGCAGUUUCAGUGCCAGGAUCUCUCCCCCCAACCUGGGACAAUGGCCUGGGCUCUGGCCCUAUGGAUGUGCUGGGGACUUCUGGGAGCAGCAGCUGCUAGUGGGCUGCAUCACCUGGACAUUCUGGUCACUGGAGCUGAUGAGGAAGACGGGACCCACAACUACUUCAUGAUUGCCAAGCUCAACAACUUUGUGGUCGCUAACUACCGCAGUGACACCCAGGAGGUCAGACCCACCCAGGAGUGGGUGAAACGGGCUCUGGGUGCUGACUAUGUACAGCAACAGACCCUGGAAUUCCAGGGCUAUGAGAAAGUUUCCAAAGUUCACAGAAAGAGGUGGAUGAAGCUGUAUAACCAGACGGAUGGCCUCCACGUCGAGCAGGUCCACGUGGGCUGCUCUCUCAGCGGUGAUGUUCUGGGGGACCAGAAGUUCCAGUAUGCCUACGACGGGGAGGAUUUCAUCAGCUUUGACAUCCAGCAGCUAACGUGGGUGGCAGCUGUGCCUGUGGCAUUUGCCCAGAAGAUGCGGUGGGACAAUGAUGAGACCUGGACCCAGUUUGUGCAGUGGUACCUGAAGGAGAAGUGUCUGCAAACCCUGAAGAGCUUGCUGCAGGAGGGAAAGGCCAUCCUGGCCCAGAGGGUCUCCCCCAUGGUGUUGGUGUCCCGCAAAGAUGCCACUGACGGGUCUGCCAGCCUGUCCUGCCACGUGAGGGGCUUUUAUCCACGUCCCAUCCAUGUCUCGUGGGUGCAGGAGGGAGGGGAAAUCCUCCUGGAGACCUUCACCAGCGGGAUCCUGCCCACUGCCAACAACACGUUCUACACUUGGACGUCCCUGGAGGUUGGCCCUGCAUCCGCCAUGCACCGCUACGCCUGCCGGGUGGAGCACAGCAGCCUGCCAGAGCCUUCGCUCACUUGGGUCCCUGAUAAGAAAGUGACCCUGUUGCCUGUGGUCCUGGCUGUCCUUAUCAUAGCUGGGGGUAUAAUCCUGGUUGGCUCUGUCCUAGGCUGUGCCACUGUCUGGAUAAAGUCAGCAGGCAUUGCUCAAUCCAGCUACACUCCAGCAAGCACCAAAAGCUGAGAUGAUUCCAAACCGACCUCCUCCUCGGGGCAGCAACCGAAAACCAGGGACACCCCGGCUUGAGGCAGCAGGACCCCAGACCCAACACCAGUCUCUGCUGCCUGGGGGCCCUGUCUCUGCAUCUCUGGCUCUUGCAUUGCAGAAGAUUGUGUUUCUCCUCUAUCUGUGUUUGGGGCCGGGUGACCAGGACUCUCUCCAGGCAGCUGCCUGCCUCUGACUCUCCAGCCAGUUAGCUCAUUUAUUCAUGUACUUGCUUCCCUUCUCCUGAAAAGCAGCAUGCCUCCAGGUUUUGUUUUUUGUUUUUUUUCUCUAAAGCCACCAGAUGUGUGGGGAUAGGACUGUAGGAUGAUAGGAUCCUAGGAAACUAUGGACCUCCUAAGGUCACAUCUAGUCCAGCCCUGUGUCAUGACCCAAUGGGUAUGAUUUUGUGUGCGCUUCGGCACUGCAGAAUUAUUUCCCGCCACAUGGAGCUUUCUUUGCACGGUGCA